ACUCCCCCCUCCCCAUUGAUAUAUACUUCUCAGCCAAUCCCCUUCAAGGCAUGUCGGGCCAAAUGGAAAGUGAAAAGGGGAGAAAGAGAGGAGUCUCGCACGCGUGCGCGCGGAGACUAGAGAGUAACGCCGCAUGCGCCUUUUACAUUGACAGCGAAGUUUAUGAAACGAAGCCGUGAUCUUGAUGACGAGCGAGACUUUCUGAUUGGUUAUUAAUUCUUUCCAGCAUUCUGUGAUUGGCCCACGCUUUCCGCGGUUUAGGCUGAUUGUUAGCGCCUUCCUCUUUUCUAAGGCUACGAUACUGAAGAAAUGGACUGGGAUAAGUUUGACAUGAACCCUAGAGUGAUUGCAGCUAUUAAAAAAGCAAAUAUAACAUCAAUUGAAGACAUUUUCCAUCUUUCGGGAUCAGAUUUGCAAAGGUUAACAAAGCUAUCCAAGACAGAUGUACAAUAUCUACUAAGAACAAUUUCUAGUACUUUGAGAAAAAACUCUGUUUUUACAGCACUCCAGCUAUUUCAAAACAAAGCCCCCAGCACUUCCCAGGGCCAGAAGCUGAGUCUGGGCUGCCCAGUUCUAGAUGGUUUGCUCCGAGGUGGAAUUCCCCAUACAGGAAUUACUGAAAUUGCUGGUGAAAGCUCUGCUGGAAAGACUCAGAUUGCUUUGCAGCUGUGUCUUUCUGUGCAGUAUCCAUACAGAUAUGGUGGACUAGAAUCUGGUGCAGUUUAUAUUUGCACAGAAGAUGUUUUUCCUAAUAAACGCCUGCAGCAAUUGAUUGAGCAGCUGCCAAAAUUGAGGAGUGAUGUUCCAUCUGAGGUGAUGCAGAAGAUAAAAUUUGGAAACAGAAUAUUUGUUGAGCAUGCAGCAGAUCUGGACACUUUCCAUGAAUGCAUUACUAAAAGACUUAGCUUGCUGCUCUCAAGAGGAAUGGUGCGGCUAAUCAUUAUUGACUCCAUUGCUGCCUUGUUCAGAUGUGAAUUCAGUGCUACAGAUUCUCUCUCCAAAGCUAAAUAUUUACAGAGAUUUGGGGCAAAACUUCACAGAUUAAGCUGCAGGUUCCAUACCCCCAUAAUAUGCAUUAAUCAGGUAACUGAUGCAAUGAAUGAGAGGGAAGAUGCUGUUUGGAAUAUUCAAAGCUGCUCAGCCAGGACUGUUGUUCCAGCACUGGGAAUAACUUGGUCUAAUCAGCUGUUGAUGAGAUUGAUGGUGUGUCGUACUGUAAACCAAGCACUGACUGGUGGAGAAACACUCUAUAGUAAAAGUGAGCUCCGAAUGUUAAGAAUUAUUUUUGCGCCUCAUUUGCCCCAGCAUUUUUGCUAUUAUACUGUAAAUUUGGAAGGUGUAAAAGGAAUCAGGAAAAUCAGUCAUGAUUAUGAAAAAACAUAAAGCAGUAUUUUUUAAUCAUUUUUCAGUAUAAAAUGGAGUUAAUAUAUUAAAAAUCCUCAAUUUGUUCCUGCUAUUGUAUCAUCCUAUUUAUUGCAUUAUCCUUAUGCUCAGCAAAGUGCCUGCUCAGUAGAAUUCUUGUAUUAUUUGAUCUGGACUGUGCUCUCAGAAUGAUAGCAAACAAUAAUCUGAACUCCAGUUUAAACUACAAAAAAUAGAAUAACAAAAUCAACAAUAAAAGAAUCCCCUAUAGCAGUAUAAAAUAGAUAUAUUACAAACAUCUGAUAAAAUAAUUUUGAACUGAAAAACCUUUGAAGGUUAAACUGUAUUUCUAGAAAGGAAAUUAUUUGCUGUUGGCAAUUACAUUUACGUGUAUUUAACACAGGAUUAACAUGCUGCACUAACAGUGCUUAGGCUGAAUUAAUAACUUAAGAGAUCCAUUUAAACAUGCUGUACUCUUUUAAAAUCAGGGUAGACUAUUAAUGGUGUGAUGCAGCUUACUAGCAUGGCUGGGGAAUUCUUUUCCUGGGGAGAUUUAGUUGGGUCCCAUGUUUCCCUUUAAGAUGACAAAGCUGAAAAUGUCUUUUUUUAACUUUUUUGCUCUUUUAACUUAUGAAGAAAUAUUUAUAUUCUGCCUGUGCAUUAAAUGUAAAUAUAGGUAACUUCCAUUGCAGUCUCUACACGGGAAAAAAUAAUUUGAUUUUCUAAAUUUCUAAAAAUAUAAAAAUACACAAGAACCCCAAGAGAUAAAACUUACUAGAUAAAGUCCUCAUGUCCCCUAUCUUAGGGGAAUGGCUAAUGAGACUUAAAUGUCCAUAUUUAUUUACUAUUUAUUUAAAUGAUUCAUGUGGCUGCCCAACUUGCAACUUCUGGGGAGCUUAUAGGCUAAAAACUUUUUAAAAACCCUUCACAGUAGAGGUUAAUUAAGGCCAAAUCCCAACCGAUUCAAAUUAAAAGUCAUUUCAGAAUGAGCUUAUUCAGCAUUGGCUCAGUGUCUGGGAGAAAAACAACUUGUCAAGGUCUGAUGGAAAGCCAACAUAGUUGGGAUAAUCAAAAUCUGAUGGGAAUGAAAUUCCAUAGGACUGAUGUUGUACAUAGAAGACAAACUUUCUAAAUAGAUGACACUAUUUCAUUAGAAGGACUUGAAAUAUCCAUACAUACCCUUGUUCAAUUUCAUGGGAUGAGCAGAGACAGUCUGUUGAUUAAACUUCACUUAUUCUCGUAUCAUUGUCAAAUAUUUUGCUUAUAUACUUAAGUUUGUUAUACACUUUCUCCAACAUCAUAUUUUGGAAUAUGUUUUUCCUAAAUGCUGUUAUUGAUUUCUGCAGUUGCCUGAAGAAGCUUCUGAAUGCAAUUUAUGGAUGAUUAAACAGAGUAUUCCUUUACUUGUAUUUUGUGUCUAGAAAUACAAAUACAAAUCUUCCCAUUAUUGGAGGAAGUCCUGUUCAAAUAAUAUUUAGCCUAGUUGAUCUUAUUCAUUAAAACAUCUUCAGAUCACAAAGUUUUGGUUAGCAUAUUGCAUGCUUUCUAGUAAAUUAUGAAAUUACUCUAUUAAAAUAUAGCAGCUUCUUGUGGCCACACUUUAUUCAAGGAUAGGAAAUCCUGGACUCUUUAUUUGUCCAAACAAAAUAUUUGCCCUGCCAAUAAAUUUUUUCUAUAGGAAUACAUGAAACUUAUUUCUUUCCUAAUAAUCUAUACACUAUUAAUUAAGCUUUUCUUUAAACUUAAAGCUUUUAAUGCCAUUUAGCAAUUUGCAUAUACUUUAAAUCAUGAUUACCUGUAAAAGUGAUUAUCAAAACGCUAGGUAAAUACUAAAAUAGAUGAUAGUAAUAACAUUUUAACAUACUGUGAACAAAUGUUGAGUACCACAACAGCAAUGGAGAAGCUUAAGAUUUUCAUUUAUACCAAAUCUUUUUUUAAUUAUGUCUGGAAAAUAUCUGGUGGGAGUGUUUUGUCUCCAUCAUGACUGGAAGAUUUAAGCGAUACAACUUUUAUUAGAUUCCAUUUUAAGCAGACUGCAGAAUUCUGUUAUUUUACUACAAAAAUUUAGAUGACGAUUUGGUUAAAUAACUAAAGAUGAAGGUUAUUUAAGUUUUCAAUGCAAACAUUCAGCUUUCCUAAUAUAAACUAUGUUUACUUACUUUACAGGCUUAUUAAAAGUUGAGUAUAUGUUUAGAAAUUUUCCAAAAUAAUAAAAUACACUUGACUUUG